UUUCCCAUUAAUUUCCACUCUCCUUCCUACAAGAACCUUGUAGUUAUAUAUAUAUAUUUACAAAUUGGGGCUAAAAACAAUAGAGAGCUCACAUCUGGAUUUUCAUUUUUAUUUAACGUUUGUUCUUCACAAAGAAUCAAAGAAGAUGGAGUCAUCAUCGACGUUGCUCACAAGCUUAAACCAGAGAAAAUCAUCUCCGACCAGGAAACCACCACAGAAGCAGAAGAGAAAGAUGACGACGACGAACAAACCCAUCAAAGUCCGAUACAUAUCAAAUCCGAUGAGAGUGGAGACUUGCGCUUCUAAGUUUAGAGAGCUCGUUCAAGAACUCACCGGUCAAGACGCCGUUGAUCUACCUCCGGAGCACAAAGCUUUCGCCGCCUCCGCAGAUCUCCACCAGGAGGAGAUGAAUCAUGCGCCGUUGGAUGAAGGGAUCCCUGAGUAUUACUCACCGUUGGAUCAUGAGGAUGUGUUCAACAAUGCUCCUCAGAUGUCGGCAGGUGUGUCAGGGUUCUUCUCGUCUGGCUUUUAUAAUGUGAAUGCCUUAGGAAGCAUUGGUUCUCUCUGAAAAUCUUAUAUUUUUUUAUUGAAAAAAAAAUGUAACACCGACCAGAAGAAGAAGUCAUUUUAUAGUUUUAGGGUUCCGUCGAAACCUACAUAUCGGUAUAUUACAUAUGUAGUUCUGUUUUUUUCUUUGUUUGGGGUCGAAUUAUUUGCGUUUGUGAGUAUAUAAAUCGUGUUCAGUUCGAGGGUUAAAUCUUGCAUUUGUUUGGUUGUUUAACAAUUAUCAAAACUUAUCAGGCGGUCGAUGUAUGUGUUGUAUAUGUAAUUACCUGAAGUAACAUUUCUCCAAAA